UAUCUCCUCCUCUUUCUUCCUUUGUUCGCCUCACACACACAGCUCAGUCGUAAUGGCGGCAGAAUCCAUAGCAAUGCUACCCUACACCAUCUCCUCCAUCCCCUCAGACCACCACAGGCUCCUGCCACGUGUCCUCUCCGUCUCCUCCUCCCACUGCGUCGCUCUCUCCAGAAACUGCUCCUCCUCCUCGUCGGCGGCGGCGCAAUCCUCGCCGCUUUUAUCGCUCCGGAAGUGCUUGCCGCCGCUAAAAGCGCUUGUGACCGCCGAUACUACUCGAACCGCCAAUACGACGCCGCUUGGUGUUGACGAUAGAGUCGGAGUGUUGUUGCUUAACCUCGGCGGACCGGAGACUCUCGACGACGUCCAGCCUUUCUUGUUUAACCUCUUCGCAGAUCCGGAUAUCAUUAGACUGCCGAGGCUGUUCCGGUUUCUUCAGAAGCCAUUGGCGCAGUUUAUAUCGGUUCUGAGGGCACCAAAGAGCAAAGAAGGCUAUGCCGCAAUUGGCGGCGGCUCUCCUCUUCGGGAGAUAACCGAUAAACAGGCGGAAGAGUUGAGGAAGUCUCUUUGGGAGAAGGAUGUCCCGGCCAAAGUGUAUGUCGGUAUGCGUUAUUGGCAUCCAUUCACUGAAGAAGCUAUAGAGCAGAUAAAACGAGAUGGAAUUACGAAGCUUGUUGUCCUUCCGCUUUAUCCACAAUUUUCAAUAUCGACUAGUGGUUCAAGCCUUCGGCUGUUGGAGAGUAUAUUCCGGGAGGAUGAGUAUCUAGUCAACAUGCAGCACACAGUAAUACCAUCGUGGUACCAGCGUGAAGGAUACAUAACUGCAAUGGCAAAUUUGAUUGAAAAGGAGCUAAAACGUUUUGACUUCCCUGACAAGGUGAUGUUAUUCUUCAGUGCCCAUGGAGUGCCACUUGCAUAUGUGGAAGAGGCUGGUGAUCCGUACAAGGCAGAAAUGGAGGAAUGUGUGGAUUUGAUAAUGGAAGAAUUAGAAAAGAGAAAUUUAACUAAUGCAUACACCCUUGCCUAUCAGAGCAGAGUCGGACCUGUGGAAUGGUUAAGACCUUAUACAGAUGACACAAUAAUUGAGCUUGGGCAAAAGGGAGUUAAAAGGCUGUUGGCGGUCCCUAUAAGCUUUGUCAGUGAGCAUAUUGAAACUCUAGAAGAAAUUGAUGUGGAGUACAAAGAAUUGGCUGUAAAAUCUGGUAUAGAGAGUUGGGGGCGUGUUCCUGCACUUGGAUGUGAGCCCACCUUCAUUUCAGAUCUAGCAGACGCAGUGAUUGAGAGUUUGCCAUAUGUUGGAGCUAUGGCAGUCUCAAACCUUGAAGCUCGACAGUCUUUAGUUCCACUUGGGAGUGUAGAAGAGUUGUUAGCAGCAUAUGAUUCACAGCGGAGGGAGCUACCACCGCCUGUGACAGUUUGGGAAUGGGGUUGGACCAAAAGUGCCGAGACUUGGAAUGGAAGAGCAGCUAUGUUGGCAGUGGUUGUUUUACUGGUCCUAGAAGUCACCACUGGGGAGGGGUUUCUGCAUCAAUGGGGCAUAUUACCCUUACAUCCCUGAAUCCAACCGAGCCUUUUUUUCUUUUACCUUUUACUAAAUAUGUAUCUAUUCUUAUUAUUAAGCCUUUUUUUUUUUUUUUUCUUAACCCAAUACAAUCUUACAUAUGCUAUGUUGCAUAUUGAUAAUGAAGCUUACACAAGACCAAAUUUGGGUAGUCUAGGUGAAGCACCUUGUGGGGGAUGAAGUUGAAAAUUUGUAUGAUAUAAAACUUGUCCUGUAAUUUGUAUCCUCACAUCCUCACAAGAUGUUGCACAGAAUUUUCAUGUGGUAAAGUUUUGUGCUCCAAUUUGACAUUGGGAAUUAUUGGUCUUGAAAUUAUAUAUUGUUUAAUAGCAAGAAGAAAUGCUGAUUCAGUUGUC